GGCAAGAAUUUUCUUUUUCUAAAACCCUUUCAUGCACCAGGAAUAUUUUUUUUCUUGGCACGUGUAUAUGCAUGAUAUAUUUUUCACCAGGGGUCGUGUGCACGUUUUUUUUUUUAUGGUACAAGUAUGCUUGCAGGGCAUUUUUUGUUUUCAAAAUCACCCACCCAUCCACCCAAAAGUAAAAUGGUCCAGUCUUCAAGUUACGAGCCCUGAAGCCUUUGCUCCUUCCUCUUAGGGGUGCUGAUGCGAUGUAAGUCGCUUAGCCUCUAGCUGGUUAGCUCCCAACUUGGGGAAUUAAAUCGAGCACUGCAUAUUAGCAGACAUAAAAAGCCUGGCCCCAGUUGUACAAAGGCUGGAUAACGCUACCCACCGGAUAAAUUGUUAUCUUGUGAAUAUGCGUUAACAAAACAAACCGUUGGGUAGUGUGGUUUGUGGAUAGCGUUUAAAUCCACCUUUCGAACAACGCGCGGCCUUAAUCUUCACAGAGGGAGCCGCAGAAAGCUGGGAUCCAGCCACGGUUGCUCACCAGUCUUCGCGCACCAUAAGGUAACAUGACACUCGUUUGAAAACACAGGCGCCAAAAUCGCACUUUGUCAUCUGGUGAACGAGGGUUUUGUUUGGUGUUACAAGCACUUCUUCGUUCGCUUUGGUCCUUUUAUAAGACACAAUGAGGUCGAAUUUCUUCGAUAUUUCGGACUCAGACGAUGAAUUGGACCAUGAAGUAUGUAUUGGUAGCUACCGAGGCGAUAUUGUAGGUAUUCGCUACUACCGUGGCACGGUGAACUACAACGAGAUGGUAUCACUGACACGUGAACCGCACAAUCCGUACGAUAGAAACGCUGUUCGUGUAGACAACGUGUACGGGAUACAGGUGGGGCAUAUAAAGCGAGAGUUAGCCCGAGCCCUGGCCGAUGUGAUGGACAACAGAUUGGCGAGAUUAGAGGGUGUUGUUCCAUUUGGAAAAAAUAACAUCUAUACCAUGCCUUGUGAUAUAACAUUUUGGGGUAGGCCGGAAAAUGAACAAGAAGUUCUUCAGAGGAUGCGUCGGCAUGGGUACAUUUUGAGAACAUUUAGGGAGCCAAUUCCACAAAAAAGUGGUGCAUCUGGACCUAAUAACUCACGCUCAGUGAUGGGUCUUGGUAGACCUCCUUCUGUUAGGAUUUCAUAUGAUAAGAUGACAAUGGAGUUGGACAAGCUAUUUGAGAAACUUGGGCAGAACAAGAUGGCAACUAUUGAACCUGCUGAGGCCAUAAAAACUGUGCUAUUCCCCCAUCAGAAGCAAGCUCUUGCCUGGAUGAUCGCAAGGGAAAACUCAAAAGAACUUCCACCAUUUUGGAAAGAUGAAACCAUCAACGGCAGGAAAGGAUACUUCAACUCAGCUACUAAUUUUGCAACAACUACACGACCUAGUUGUGUGCUUGGAGGGGUUCUUGCUGACGAUAUGGGCCUUGGAAAGACGCUGGAAGUUAUUUCACUCAUUGUUACAAAUUUCUACUGUGGAAAGCCAUUGGUUAGUCUGGCAGAUAGGAAAACUCAAAGAACAAAUGUAUCAAAGCAGAGGACUAAGCGAUCAAGAUGUACAAACCAAAGAACCAAACAAAGCCAAAGAAAAAAGGAGGACUUCUUGAAUGAUGAUGAAGGUGAGAUCAUCCAGGCUGAUGAUGAGGAUGAAAAUGAAUCAGAUGACGACAAUGACGAAGAAGAAGAUGAAGAAUUUUCUGGUGAUGUAUCAUUUAGUAUGACUGCAAAAGAGGAUCCAAACUUCAGUCCUGACAUAGAUUCCAUCAAGAAGGCUGCAGCCUCUCAACCUGUCAGAAGAUCCUCAAGGUCAACCAAGAGACCAGUGCGGUAUAUUGAAGCUGAAGUGCUUAGUGAAGAAGAUGGCAGUGAUACUGAACUGGUUGCUAAGGAUAGUGACAAUGAGACAGACAAGGUCAUAGAUCCUUGUCCAACCAAGAAAGCCAAAGUUUCAAAGAGGGCAGCACUGGUGGAAGAUAAUGAAUCCACCAGUACUAAUGUCAAAGAACAUAAGAGCAUGAAGCCUAAAACAGCUAAAAAGGAGUCCAAGGAGAAGAGGAAAAGCAAGAAGAAGAAGAAAGAGGAAAUAGGUAAACAUGAGCCAAGUUCAGUCAUUAAUGUGGAUCUAACUGACGAUGGACCAACUGCCAAACCUCCCUUACCUUGUCUCCCUAAAGAUGAUGUUGCUAAGGAGCUACCUGUACCAGCAGCUUCAAGUGCAGGUAGUGCUGUUGCAGAGUGCCCAGCUGUGCCACAUGUUACAUUGCCUCCACAGUCAAGCAGAGAAAGGACUGCUCAUCUUGGACCAAGACCAACUUUGGUCAUCUGCCCACUGUCUGUUCUAAGCAACUGGCAGGAUCAAUUUGAUGCUCACGUUCAUGAUGGGCUGUUAAGUGUCUACACGUACUAUGGCUCUGAGCGUACAAAGGAUCAGAACUUACUGGCUGAACAGGAUGUUGUUCUAACCACUUACCAGACAUUGUCUUCCGAGUUCUCCAAGGGAAAAUCUCCUCUUGCAAAUACCCAAUGGCUAAGAGUCGUCCUUGACGAAGGCCAUGUGAUCAGGAAUCCUAAUGCCAUGACGUCUAAAGCUGUCCAUGCACUGAAAUCUGAACGGAGAUGGGUGGUGACAGGCACGCCGAUCCAGAACUCCAUGAAGGACAUGUUCUCUAUCAUAAGCUUUUUAAAACUGGAGCCGUUCACUGAUAGGCAGUGGUGGAGAAGAACAAUGGAACGUCCGAUCAGUGAAGGUGAUCAGAGUGCGCUCAGUCGUUUGCAGGUACUAAUGGGAAGUAUUGCAAUGAGGCGUACCAAGACACAACAAGUGGAUGGUAAACCACUGGUGGAAUUACCGGAUAGACAGGUUUAUGUGCAGCCUGUUGAGCUGUCCCUUGAAGAGAGGAAGCUGUACGAUUCCAUGGCUAAAGAGGGAAAACUUGUCAUUGGCAAAUAUUUCAAGACUGGCAGCAUUCUCCAUAAUUACGCCGAUGUCUUGGCAAUUCUGAUGCGGCUCAGACAGCUGUGUUGUCAUCCUAAGCUCUGUGCAGCAGCGUCAGCCUUGUCUUCAACUGAAAGCUGUUCUACCCCAGAAGAACUCCGUCAGAAGCUUGUAUCUACCCUUGUCACCCUUCUGAGUUCAGGAGCGGACGAGGAGUGCCCUGUUUGCCUGGAUUCACUCUCUGUCCCAGUGAUAACGCACUGCGCUCACGUGUUCUGCCGGAGGUGUAUAGAGGAUGUGAUCAAGACGUCGGAGGCGAACCCUCGCUGCCCUCUUUGUCGUGGCUGCAUCAGUAUGGAUGUGUUGGUAGAGGUGCCCCUUGACGCAGAGGAUGUGGAUGAAGGCGAUGGAUCUGCAGAAUGGCACUCCAGUUCAAAGGUAACGACCCUUCGACGAUUAACAACAUCUCCAUUGCAAACAGGAUCAGCCAUUCACUUGGAAGAAGCUUUAUUACAUAAGACUUUGGCCUAA